AUGGCUGUGAACCUCAGCAAGAACGGGGCCGCUUUGCAGGCCGCCUACAAGGAUGUGGUGGACGGGAAGACCAAGACGGACUGGGCUUUGUACACAUAUGAAGGAAACAGCAAUGACAUCAGACUUGCAGGGACUGGAGAUGGUGGUCUGGAAGAACUGGUGGAUGAGCUGAGCAGUGGGAAAGUCAUGUAUGCUUUCUGUAGAGUGCAGGACCCCAACUCAGGUCUCCCUAAAUAUGCCCUCAUUAACUGGACAGGGGAGGGUGUGAACGAUGCCAGGAAAGGAGUGUGUGCCAAUCACGUCAGCACUAUGGCAAACUUCUUAAAGGGAGCUCAUGUCACAAUCAAUGCCCGUGCUGAUGAGGACGUAGAACCAGAAACUAUUAUAGAGAAGGUGGCCAAAGCCUCUGGAGCCAACUAUAACUUCCAUAAAGAGAGUAGUAGAGGCGGUGAUGUUCCUCAGGGCCCCGUAGGUUCUGUUUACCAGAAAACAAAUGCAAUGUCUGAAAUUAAACGUGUAGGAAAAGAAAACUUUUGGGCUAAGGCCGAGAGAGAUGAGGAGGAGCGUAGACUAGAGGAACAAAAGAAGGCAUCCUUUGAGAGGGACCGGCUGGAGAGGGAGCGUAAAGAGAGAGAACAGAAAGAGGCUGAGGAGAGGGAGAGACGAUUCAAAGAGAGGUCUGGGGAAAUAGAUGCUCAGAGGAGGGCACAGCAGGAAACAGAUAAACAAGAGCGGGAUGCUGCUGCCCAGCGAACCGUAAAUGCCCGAGAGAUGUUUAUGCAGAAAGAACGUGCACUCCCUAAUGCCAUCCCAGUGAGCGCACAGCCUGGAAAGCUACGCAGUCCCUUCCUCCAGAAGUCGACCAGUCAGCCUGAGCCUGAAUCUCCUCCAUCAUCCCCUGUAAAACGGGCUCAGGAACCCCCUGCAUCCCCUGUGUAUCGUGCUCAGGAACCCCCUGCAUCCCCUGUGUAUCGUGGUCAUCAGACACCCCCAGAGUCUCCUUCUUCCCCUGUGUCUCAUCCUCCUUCAGCACCCACUGUCAAUGUAAAAGAACAAGUCUCUGCUCAUCAACAGCAGGAGGAGGAUUUAUACCAGGAGCCACAGGAAGAUAAUGUUUAUGAAUCGCCUCCCCAGGAUCAACAGGAGGAGGCGGUGUAUGAAACAGGAGUAGAUGAAGACCAGGGAUUGUGUGCACGAGCGCUCUAUGACUAUCAAGCUGCUGAUGACACCGAGAUCUCUUUCGAUCCAGAUGACCUGAUCACACACAUCGAGAGGAUUGAUGAUGGAUGGUGGCGUGGAUAUGGUCCUAGCGGGCACUAUGGCAUGUUUCCUGCCAAUUAUGUUGAACUGCUGGAGUGA